AUGGCCAUGAUCAACAACAGUACUUCGUCCUCGGCUCUUCUGCAUGCUAUGCUAGCCUAUUCUUCCCUUCAUCGUCAUGGCCUGAGCGAAACAGCUCUCAGACUCAAAGUUCAGGCACUCCAUCUGCUAUCUACCUCCACCGAGGAUGGUAAACUGUCCUUGGUGAAUGCCUCCCUGCACGUGGCUGCUUCCAUGCUCCUUGGAUCAUUUGAGACUUUGCGCCCUUUUGAGAGCUCAGGUGAAUGGCUGUGGCAUAUUUGGGGCGCUGUGGACGUCAUUCAAGCUACUCAACUCAGUCAUCGUUCUUCUGAGAGUGAAACCUACGCUCUCAUUGACUGGGUCAACUAUCAUCAUACGCUCUCACGUUUCAGUACGCAGCACUGGCAACACAAAGCACUGGCUCAGAAGACAUUCAUCAAGCCUGUCCAACGCUCCGAUCACCUAGCCACUUCUCAAUUGUCGAUCUACAAGCCUAAUCACCCCCCUAUAGAUCCAACAUCUUCGAUAAUGAGCCUCCUCUUUGAUGCAUGCGAUAUCAUAAUAGAUCCACAAGAUCCGAAAAGUAACAGUCCAGAAUAUCGCAAAUCGCUCCAACGGCUCGAAGCGCAGGUCGACGACCUUAUCGCCAGCCCGAUCCCGAACAGUCUGAAUCCCGAAAGCGCAGUCGCCUUGGAACUCUAUCGCGUAGCAACCCGGAUAUACAUAGCGCGCGCUUCACAGAGUCCAUGGGAAGCACCCGCACUUCUAGACUCGCUGAUAGACGCACUAUUUGAGGGGCCAGUGGCAUCGUGUACCUGCAUUCACUUCUUUCCUCUGCUGAUUCUCGCAUGUGAAUCAGGGAGAGACGAUCAGCGGGUAGAAAUUCUUAACUUGAUUGACAGAACUCAACGCGAUGCACGGGUCAGAAGUAUGAAGGCCGUGACGAAUGCUAUUCAGGCUAUUUGGGUGCAGCAGGACCUUCAUGCUGAUGAUGAGGUGUUGGUGAAUUACAUGGAUCUUCUCAGCAUUGGGAUCAGUUCAAGUAGCACGAUACCCUCUUUCGCGUAA